AUGAGCAGGUGCGGCUCCCCUGGGCCGGGCACCCUGGUCCUGCCGGCCAUCGGGCCUCCCUGGCUGCCUUGGGAGCUGCUGGACCCGGGAGCAGAGCAGGCCUCGGUGGGCGCCGGGCCGUGGUGGCCUCAAGCAGCACAUGCGGCAGAGUUGGGGGGAACUUGGCGAGGCUCAGAGACAACAGGACUUCCCCCAAGAGGGGUGACAGACAGAGUCGCGAGGACUCUGAGCAGCGCCCGGAAGGGGCUGAGCAGGUGGCAGCUCCUUGGCCCGGAGCGGGGCGGCCCGCGGAGCAGCGGCUGGGAGGGGCGGGCUGGAGGGGCGGUCCCGAGGGCCGAGGGUGGGGGUGUCCCCACCGGGCCCAGCCCCGCGCCUCCCGAGGGUUCGGCUUCCGGCCCGGGCGCCGUCGCCCCCGCCCUCCCGGCGCCGCGCGGCCGGUGGAGGAGGCGGGAUGUAGCGGCGGCCGGUGAGUCAGGUUCCCGGGGCGGCCGCGCGGCCCGGCCUGCUGCGGACCCAGGAGGGACGGAGCCAGGAGACGGCGGCGCCCGGAGACCCCCGCCCCUCCCCAGGCUGCGCCGCCGGGACGCGGCUCCGCGGGACCGCCAAGGACGCGCGGACGCCGGCGCGGCCGAGCCCCGGGGCGCCGCGGCGCGCCCCGCUUGGGGAGGCGCUGGUUUCGCGGAGGGCCAUUGCGCGGCCGCUCGGGGCGCGGGGUGGGUGGCGCCGGGGCCGGGCCGGGGCGCGCACUCGGGGCCCGCGGCUGCGCUCAGCCGGGAGCGGUGGUCCGACCGGCGUCGCUGUGGGCGCCCACGCUGCGUGUCUCAGCGGGAGCGGUUCACCGGACGGUGCCUCCGCGCGCGCGGGGCGGCGGGGUCGCGGCUGGCGCCGGUGUUUGUGUGCGAGUGUCCGAGCGUGUCGGCGGGUGUCCGCAGGCAGGCCCAGGGCCCCCGCCGCUGCCCAGCCCCGCUGGGAGCCGCGGCCAGCACCACGGACGGCGCCCCGGAAGCCCGAGUCCCCCUGGACGGGGCCUUCUGGAUUCCCAGGCCCCCGGCCCGGUCGCCCAAGGGCUGCUUCGCCUGCGUGUCCAAGCCGCCCACCCUGCAGGCGCCCGCGGUGCCCGCCCCGGAGCCCUCGGCCUCGCCCCCCAUGGCCCCCACUCUGUUCCCCAUGGAGUCGAAGGGCAGCAAGACGGACAGUGGGCGGGCGGCGGGUGCCCCCCAGGCCUGCAAGCACCCGUCCGAGAAGAAGGCGCUGACGAACCCCACGGCGGUGGUGGAGAUCCACCCGGACACCACCGAGGUGAACGACUACUACUUGUGGUCCAUCUUCAACUUCGUCUACCUCAACUUCUGCUGUCUGGGCUUCAUCGCCCUGGCCUACUCCCUCAAGGUUCGGGACAAGAAGCUUCUCAACGACCUGAACGGAGCCGUGGAGGACGCCAAGACGGCCCGGCUGUUCAACAUCACCAGCUCGGCCCUGGCAGCCUCCUGCCUCAUCCUCAUCUUCAUCUUCCUGCGCUACCCGCUCACCGACUACUGAGCCCUGGGCCCUGCUGCUGAGGGCGUGGAACCCCGAGAUGUCUGCACCCCACGAUCGAGGGCAUCCCAGAUGCCGUGCUGCCAGAUGGAGCAGGCCCGAGGCUGAGGGCAGAGAGACCACCAGAAGCUACGAGCAGCAGGGGUGCCAGCGCCCUCCCAGCCCACCCCCAUCUCCCGGCCCUCUGCCUCUGCCUGUUUCUGGGGUCACAGCUUUGUCCCUCCCCGUGGAUUUCUUCUUGUGCUGCUGCACCCCCGGCUUCCAGCGGCUGUCCUGCCUGCCCUGAUGUGCCCCUUCCCAGCUCUUGGGGCCCCUCGGACCUGACACCCAGCAAGAAGGGCUUACAUGGGGGCUUCCCAGUAUGGGGGGCUGCCAGCAUCUGGGGACUUGGUCUUUUCUCCCCCACCCCCAGCUCCUCCAGACUGUGGCCCUGCCCAGAGCUCUUGUAUCUGUGAACUUUCAAUAAAAUACCUGCCUGGCUCCA